GUGUUUGGCCAGAGGAAGUGCUCUCGCCUCACUAUGCAUCAGUUGAGGGUGUGAACUGUGAAACUCUGACGGUCAUUAGUAAUAGUGUAACAGUGUAGCUGGCAUGCUUCCUCUGGCUGAUCUUCAACACACAGAGCCAAAGACCAUGCUCAACUAGAAUCCCCUGCUACUGGCCCUCCAAGUCUGACGACUCAGCAGCUAGACCCAUUAGAGUGCCGCUAUGGGGAAUGUGAUGUGGGGACGGGGAGCUGGGGACAAAACUAAUUCAAACUACCAUGACAGUGCAUUAAAGGCAGGAGAAGAUGAGACGCUUGUCGUUCUCCAUGACUAUCCUUCUCCAGACAUCAGUGAGCCGAUCUUUAGGAUGGGAGAGAAGCUGAGGGUCUUGUCUCAGGAAGGCAACUGGUGGAGAGUCCGGUCUGUCCAAUCAGGAAGUGAGAACUACAUCCCCAACAACCAUACUGCCAAAGUCUACCAUGGAUGGCUGUUUGAGGGAGUAGUGAGGCAGAAGGCAGAGGAACUACUUAAUCUCCCUGAAAACAGAGUGGGUUCCUUCAUGAUCAGAGAGAGCACCCAGCAGAGAGGUGUCUACUCCAUGUCUGUGAAGCACAGAUCCAUCCAGCACUAUAAAAUCUUUCGCCUGGAGAACAGCUGGUACUAUAUCUCUCCUCGUCUGACUUUCCAGUGCUUGGAAGAGAUGGUAAACCACUACUCUGACUCUGCAGAUGGUCUGUGUUGUGUUCUCACUGGCCCGUGUCUGUCUGGGACUAUCAGCCCCAUAGACAUCACCUCUCAGCCACCCCCUGUAGUGAUGCGACAGAACAACUUUGACUGGAAGAAAAUAGACAGGAAAGAUCUGAUCAGCGCAGGGGCUGCGCAGGGCCAGGAGAACAGGAAUGACAUGGUGAGCUACGGUGUCAGAAACAGCAUGGCCUCUUACCUCUCUCUGGUCGGGGAUUAUGACCCAGCACAGCAGAAGAAGAACCGCAAGAAGAAGAGCAAAUCUGUCUGUGUGAUCCCCAACCACCGCCUUAGCCAUAUGGACUUGGAUGAGGACUAUGAUAUGUAGUGGCCUGGAUGGUGCAACACUUAGUUCUGCGAACCCCAGCACACAUAUAUAGCCUAGGCUAGUGGUUCCCUUUCAGUCAGUCAACUUCGGUACAACAUAUUACAGAGGAGUUGCACUUUCGCUUCUUCGGUUGAAGGAUGUACAAUCACGCCUGACAGGGCCAAUUAAAUCCACACCUCACUGGAAGUCCCGCCUUCCACAGGUGAUAAACGUGAGGAUCAGAUUCAUUUCUUCAAUUUAAUACCACUCUUCACCGAGCCCAGGAACAGGCGGUGCUGGGCCAAACAGGUAUUGUACCUCAUUUCCCUUCUUCAGGGAACAGUAGUUAUAGUCAUAACGUUCCAUUUUCUUUCCGUCAGUCAACAUACUAUGGGAAAUGUUCGGCAGGUCCGACGUAGAUCUUUAAGCAUCACGAGAAAACGAUGAGGGAUCCGAGUGACCUGUUGGGAACGGGCGCUCUGGCACACCAGUGGCCUUAGAUCCUCCUUUACACGUUUCCGCCAGUGGUUCUGAUUCAGCCCACAUUGGAGAGGGUGCGUCGGGAAGGUUUAUCAUUGAUACUUGUGGCUCCCUGUGGCUCAGGCACCCUUGGUUCAUGGAGAUUGUUAUUGUACACCUUUUAGGCGGGGACCCAUGGCAACUCCUGGCAGCGCAGGGAUCUGUUAUUCCAGACGCACGGGCAGGUUUGGCACGCGAGGCCGGAGAUUUGGUUACUAUGGAACUGGCCCCUGAGAGGGCUGAUCUGAUGGCUAUAGGUUUACCUCUGAAUGUUAUUGCUACCAUUCAGUCAGCAAGUGCUCCCUCCAUGAGAGGGCUGUAUGAGUAUAAGUGGCAAGUGUUUGAGCUCUGGUGCCAAGAUAAAGGGCUGGUUCAUUUUCAGUGCUCUGGGAAAUACUUAUGUUUCUACAGGAGCUUUAAAAGCAUUCUCCACUUUAGAAGUAUAUAUGGCCACUAUCUCAGCAUGUGGGAAUUGACUGAGCCUCACCAGGGGCUCACCCACUGGUGUUGCAGUUCCUGAAAGGUGUACACCCUUCCUGUACUCAGUUCGCCCCGGUCGACUCUAAGGCGACUUUGUGUCCAAAUGCGGCCUUUGCCUCAAAAGUAAUGGCCAUGCCCUACAAGUCCUUAGCUUUUGAGGUGUUUCCCUUUUUGCCUCCUCCAUUUGCUUCUGAAGAGCAACAUAGGUUACAUGCCCUGUGUCUGGUGCAAGCUCUACGCACAUACAUUGAACAACCUGGGAUAUCCGGUUGUGUGACCAGCUUAUUGUCUGUUUUGCUAAUCCAGCUCAGCUGCAGGGCACUCUUUGAGCAGUGUCUCUCCCACUGGAUUGUGGAGGCUAUCUCCUGCCAUAAAACAGCAAGGGACAAGGGUUACCUAGUGGAGUACGCACCCACUCCACCAGGGGACUGGCAGCAUUUUGGCCAUUGUUUAAAGGGUUGACUAUAGGAGAUAUUUGUGCUGCGGCGAGUUGGGCAUCACCACACACUUUGUAAGGUUUUUUCACUUGGAUGUCACUUUUCCCAGUGUAGCCCACAGGGUGCUUGCAGCUGAGACAGGGGAAAGUCACUAGGCGGGUCUUCCAGCGAGGUACGGAUUUCAUUGGCCUUGUCAGGUGCAAUUGUAUAUACGUCAACCAAUGUCGAGAGAGUGAGACUCCCCAUUGUAUGUUGUACCUUGUUUCCCUCCUUCAGGGAACAGUAGUUAUAGUCAUAACGCUACAUUCUCAAACUUCUCCUCAGGGACCCCCAGACUUUCCAUGUAUUUGAUCUAUUCUGGAGCUAGCACACCUGAUUAAACUUUUCAACUUAUCAACAUGCCCUUGACUAGGUGAAUCACGUGAGUUACUUCAGGGCUACAACUAAAUUGUGAAACCCCUGGGGGUCCCAGAGGAGAGAUUUGAGAAGUGCUGGCAUGAGUUUGAAUCUGAACCACUGCCCUUCUGAACUACUGCUAUCUUUCCUGUCUCCUCUUCACUGUCCUAUCUAAAUAACACAAAGCACACAACAAAUAUGUUUAAAAGAAGAACUAAGAGACUUAGUGGCCAGCUACUCUAUUUAGGAUAUUAACAUCUGUUACGAGAUACUAUUUUUCCUCCAAAGCACACAUUGGUUCUCAUCAUCUGUUACGAGAUACUAUUUUUCCUCCAAAGCAUACAUUUGUCCUUAUCUGAGCCUUUGGGAUUGAUCUGAGAAGGAAUUUCCCGUGGGGUAAAUCAACAGUGAAUUUGAAGUCCGUCUGGAAUCCAGAGCCCUGACCGAGUGUCCUGCCAGAGUACAAAACAUGUUAGCGUCAUGACAGUUGAUUGAUGUAAGACUUGAAUGCUAUGUUAUGGAUGUUUACUGUGUGUAAAUGGGUCAUUUAUGGAUGUGUGUGUCUGUCAGCAUGUCAAAGUCAAUUGUUACAGUUUCAGAACCUUUAGCCUAACCCUUGCAAACUGAUUUCAGUUGAGUGUACAAGUUGCUCAUAAAAAUAAAAGUUAAUUAUCAUAUAA